UCUCCUCGUAAUACCUACCACUCAGUAUACGCGAAUCGAAUUGGACUCGGAUUGAGCGAACGGUCUGCAGCAGUACUCAUGGCCGCCAGUCUCCGGCGUCCGCUAUCUUCUAUCAUCCCCAUUCUCCUUCUCGCCAACUUUGCCCUCCCAUCGCCGUUGGCCGCUGAUGGGGCGGCGGCCACCCUGGGAUCCUAUCCUCCGACGUGCGAGCGCAUCGAGUGCCCCUCGUACGACGUGAUAGACGGAGGAAACGGGUACGAGAUCCGCCGAUACAACUCGCCGGUGUGGAUGUCCACCUCCACCAUAGAAGACAUCUCCUUCGUGAACGCCACCCGGAUCGGAUUUCUACUACUCUUCGACUAUAUUGAUGGAAAAAAUGAGUAUGGGGAAAAGAUAGAGAUGACUGCUCCGGUGAUCACCCAAGUCUCACCUAGCGACGGACCCUUCUGCGCAUCUUCCUUCAUCGUAAGCUUCUACGUGCCAAAGAAUAAUCAGGCCGAUCCACCUCCUGCUGAGGGCCUUCAUGUGCAGAAGUGGGGGGUCAAAUAUGCAGCCGUGAGGCAGUUUGGAGGAUUCGUGCUGGAUUCCAGCGUUGGAGAGGAAGCGGCGGCGCUGUACGCCAGUCUCCAGGGCUCCAACUGGGCCUCCGCAGUCGACCAAGGCCAGAAAGGAGAUCCGACAUCCGUUUAUACGGUUGCUCAGUACAAUUCGCCAUUUGAGUUCACCGGUAGAGUAAAUGAGAUCUGGAUGAUGUUUGACAUGGAAGAAAAAAGUGCCGUCUAAACUGAGGUAGACUGGGAGCUGAACUAGUAAGAGGAUCGAGAUGCUCGAAGAGCUGUAGUAGUUUUUAUUUUGUUUGAGCAGGCAGCUGUUUAUGUUUUCUGAACUAAUAUAUCUUCUUCCACAAUGCUGGACCUGCUAAGUAUUUAAAAUUUACUAUAGAUCAGCUAAUAAAUGUUAUAUUGUGGUAUAUUUUA